CACUCAUUUUCCACCAUUAGUAUCCUCUUGAGAUUCCCAUCAUUGUUAUUUUUCUGCUUUCAAUCUCAUUGAUUAAAAAGAUUUCUGGGUUUUUUUUAGCAUUUAAGGGUACCUAGAAAGAGAGAGAUGUUGGCAAUAUUCAACAAAGGGUUAGUGAAUCCACCCCAGGAGCUGUACAGCCCAGCUUCCUUAUGUUCGUCGAGAAAACCAAAGCUUCCUGAGGAGAUUGUGAAGGAUUUUGUCUCUGCUAAUCCUCCUAAUGCUUUCUCACUGAGCUUUGGAGAUGCUGCACUGCUUGCUUAUAUUCAACCAGGAAAUUCUUACCCCAGACACCAAAGGCUGCUCUGUGGAUUGGAUGGCAUAUACUGCAUUUUCUUGGGGAGCCUGAACAACCUCUGCAGUCUCAAUAAACAGUAUGGGCUAUCAAAGUGCACCAACGAGGCUAUGUUUAUCAUUGAAGCAUAUCGUACCCUCCGUGACCGUGGCCCAUAUCCAGCUCACAAGGUUCUUCAGGAUCUGGAUGGCAGGUUUGGAUUUGUGGUCUACGAUACCAAGGCUGGACAGGUGUUUGCUGCACUGGGUGAAAAUGAAGGUGUUGGGCUAUUCUGGGGUAUUGCAGCUGACGGGUCAGUGGUGAUUUCUGACGACUUGGAGGUGAUAAAAGGAAGCUGUGCGAAAUCAUUUGCUCCAUUUCCAUCAGGGUGCAUGUUCCACAGUGAACAGGGCUUGAUGAGCUUUGAGCAUCCAAGCAGCAAAAUGAAAGCAAUGCCGAGGAUUGACAGUGAGGGAGCAAUGUGCGGGGCUAACUUCAAGGUUGAUGUUCACUCUAGGAUUAGCAGCAUGCCUCGCGUGGGAAGUGAAGCCAACUGGGCUUUGGGAGGUUCAACAGCCUAACUAAUCAAAGACUGCAGUGAUUUUUAGAUUGAUUUUGAAUUCUCAGUUUUCUUGUUUCCAGCUUCCUGUACAUGUUUCUUAUCCUAGAUUUGCUUCCAUCAUCGGCUUUUAUUGAGAAAUUUAGCGGCCGAUGAAUCUCCCCCCUGGCAAUCCUUUAAAGCUUUGUUGCAUUUUGUAUUUUCAGUUUUCAUGUUUAUAUUACCCACGUCCUGUGUUUCUCAA